AUGGCGAAGAGGUCGGAGGAGGAGAGGGAUUUUAGCGUGUCUUCGGCCGCUUCGAGGGAGAUCGUCACCAAUUCCUUGGAUGAUUUAGCCACCGAGUUGAGAUUUUGCAUGAGAAACUUCAUAUUCUUUUUAGCUUUAUUUCGAUUUGUUAAAAAGAAAUUAUUCGAGAAGUUCCUUGAUCAAAACAAAAUUUAUCCUCUAUGGCUUUAUUAUGAAAUUGAAUUUUUCUUGUUCCAGCCGUCGGCAACAGAAUAUGGUACAUACGAUUACACAAGAAGUGGUAAUCCUACUCGCGAUGCAUUGCAAGGUCUUAUGGCUAAGCUCGAGAAGGCCGAUCAAGCGUUCUGCUUCACUAGUGGAAUGGCCGCUCUCGCCGCCGUAACCCAUCUUCUUGAAACCGGUCAAGAGAUUGUUGCGGGAGAGGACAUAUACGGCGGCUCGGAUCGGUUACUUUCACAGGUGGUUCCAAAGAAAGGGAUUAUUGUAAAUCGCGUAGAUACUUCCGAUCUUUGUAAAGUUGAAAAUGCAAUUGGCCGCUCAACAAAACUUGUCUGGUUAGAAAGUCCAACAAAUCCUCGCCAGCAAAUCGCUGAUAUACGGAAAAUCUCUGAAAUAGCUCAUUCAUAUGGUGCUCUUGUUCUGGUGGACAAUAGUAUCAUGUCUCCUGUGCUUUGUCGUCCCUUGGAACUUGGUGCAGAUAUUGUAAUGCACUCUGCUACUAAAUUUAUAGCUGGGCAUAGUGAUCUCAUGGCAGGAAUCCUUGCUGUAAAGGGUGAAAGGUUGGCAAGGAGAGAUGCAUUCCUGCAGAAUGCUGAAGGCGCUGGAUUGGCACCUUUUGAUUGUUGGCUUUGCUUGAGAGGUAUCAAGACCAUGGCCUUACGUGUUGAGAAGCAACAGGCUAAUGCACAAAAACUUGCUGAAUACUUAUCUACUCAUCCAAGGGUGAAGAAAGUGAAUUAUGCAGGACUUCCCGGUCACCUGGCGCGUGAUUUGCAUUAUUCUCAGGCGAAAGGAGCUGGCUCGGUACUCAGUUUUUUGACAGGUUCGCUAGCUCUCUCAAAGCAUAUUGUCGAGACCACAGAGUACUUCAAUGUGACAGUUAGCUUUGGGAGCGUGAAGUCGCUGAUUAGCUUGCCGUGCUUCAUGUCGCACGCGAGCAUACCCGCUUCAGUUCGUGAAGCACGCGGAUUGACCGAAGACCUCGUUCGCAUCUCUGUGGGCAUUGAGGAUGUAGAAGAUCUUAUUGCUGAUCUGGACUAUGCCUUUAGAACUGGACCUGCGUAAAAUUAGUUUAUAUUCAUUCUUUUUGUGGUAGUAAGCUUAGGGUUUAUGAUGUCCAUUGUAGAUAUACUGCUUGAGGCCUUGUUUGGAUGUCGGAAUAAAUUAUCUUAUUCGAUACAACAAUUUUCUAUUGUGAUCGUAAGAAAGAAGUUUGAUUUUUGUUCCUUAAAAAGUUCUGGGGUCCAUGAUUUG